UCAGGGACAACAUGGGUGCAAGAAAUUGUCUGGCAAAUCUACAACGACGGAGCAGUCAGCGGUGAACAUUUUCUAUCGCGAGUGCCAUUUAUUGAACCAUCCACCAAUAAAAAGUUGUACCCGUUUGGCUUGGACACUUUACCAAGCCCUCGCAUUCUAAAGACUCAUCUUCCACACAGAAGAAUACCGAAAAGUGAGAACAAAGAAAUGCAGUGCAAAUAUGUUUACGUGGCUCGCAAUCCCAAAGACGUUGCAGUAUCGUAUUUUCAUUUCACGGAUUAUUUGCGUAAAAAAGGCAAUGGCCUUAAUGGGCCAUGGGAAUAUUAUGCCAAGUUAUUCAUAGAGGGAAAUGGUAAGUUUGACUUUAUCAGAUGUAUACGUACUGAAUGUAGGCCUUUAAUUCUGAUCUUCAGCUACAAUACUCGUCAAUUUUCGUCGAAACAUUUGACUGAAAGUGAGGUUUUUUCAUGUCAUGCCUUUUCAACCAACUUAUCUAACUUUUCCCCGUAUGUAUACUUUUUGUCUUCUUCCCCAAUGUCGAGGUUGGCGUUUCUUGCAUAAAGAGUGAUACGUGAAUCAACUUUGAGGAAGGCGUAACGUGACAAGUCAGUUUCACCAAAUUCAACGAGUAUUCUAGAUAUCAUUAACAAUGAAUACAGUCUAUUUUANGCAAAUAUGUUUACGUGGCUCGCAAUCCCAAAGACGUUGCAGUAUCGUAUUUUCAUUUCACGGAUUAUUUGCGUAAAAAAGGCAAUGGCCUUAAUGGGCCAUGGGAAUAUUAUGCCAAGUUAUUCAUAGAGGGAAAUGGUAAGUUUGACUUUAUCAGAUGUAUACGUACUGAAUGUGGGCCUUUAAUUCUGAUCUUCAGCUACAAUACUCGUCAAUUUUCGUCGAAACAUUUGAUUGAAAGUGAGGUUUUUUCAUGUCAUGCCUUUUCAACCAACUUAUCUAACUUUUCCCCGUAUGUAUACUUUUUGUCUUCUUCCCCAAUGUCGAGGUUGGCGUUUCUUGCAUAAAGAGUGAUACGUGAAUCAACUUUGAGGAAGGCGUAACGUGACAAGUCAGUUUCACCAAAUUCAACGAGUAUUCUAGAUAUCAUUAACAAUGAAUAAAGUCUAUUUUAGUCGCAAGAAUACCUAUUCUCACCGUGUGCACUGAAGGUUUCUUAAAUACUUUAAAUGGUCGGUGGCCCUACGUUUUGGACAGAUGACUGAGUUUCUUUUCCAAAAAUUCGACGGAUUGCUUAAAAUUGGACCAAAAAUUUUUUUAAAAAAUCAAUGAAGAGGUUUUUCAAGGUAGAAUCUUUCCAUUCCGCUGCCCUGGGGCCGUUGAAAAUCCGACCGUUCGACAAUAUGAUUUUACUUUAAGGAGCGUCACUCGAUCCGCAUAAUUCUUGAAACCAUACUAUAAAGCUUCAUCAGUUAACUGGUACUUUUGAUAAAUAUGUAGUGUGUUGGAACGCUUGGAAUGAUCAUGUACUUGGCUGGUGGAAACACAAAGAUGAUUCCAAUGUCUUGUUUCUCAAAUAUGAAGAUCUACACAAGGUAAUGCUGCAGGGGCAAAUGACAUAA